GUGGUAACAGGCAUCAUGCCGGAGCUGCCUUCGCAUCCAAUGAUGAGCUCAAGAUUUAUGACGAUGUUGGAACUGGUGAUCAACGUGGUCGAUUACGGCGUCGUUUGCUUGCUGAAACAUCAAGUCCUAGCAUGGACUAUUUCACCGAUAUUACCAGCGGCGUCCACGAAGUGGAGAUGAACUGUACGCCUUCAACUAUUGAGGAAUUCCCUGGGGAUCUUUUCACAGAAGAACAACGAGAAAAGGGAGCUUUUAUUUUACAUGCAUUAUGUGCCGUAUACAUGUUUAUUGCACUGGCCAUUGUCUGUGAUGACUUUUUUGUGUCUUCGCUGGAAAAAAUAUGUGAGAGACUCAACUUAACGGAGGACGUUGCCGGGGCAACCUUCAUGGCUGCCGGAAGUUCUGCACCAGAACUCUUCACUUCAGUAAUAGGUGUCUUUAUUGCCAAAGGAGACGUGGGCGUUGGAACUAUCGUAGGAUCGGCUGUUUUCAACAUUCUUAUUAUCAUUGGUAUCUGUGGGCUGUUUGCUGGUCAGGUUGUCCAUUUGUCAUGGUGGCCUCUCUUCAGAGACACAUUGGUGUACUCAUUGUCAGUAGUCACUCUUGUCUUGGUCAUUAGGGAUGGCUGGAUCAGUUGGUAUGAAUCAUUAAUCAUGCUUAUUAUGUAUCUUUGCUACGUAAUCAUUAUGUGGUGCAAUCCUCGCCUGUUUAAACAUGCUCAGAGGUUAAGCGAAAGGAGAAGAAAGAAGAGAGAAACGUGCAAUAAUGGCAAAUCAGCAAUUCAACUCGAGCAAGUUACGCCGCUCAAUGCCACAGAAGAUAUCACGACGAAUGGAGAAAAGAAAGACGUUGAAGACGUUGAUGAAGAAUACAGUAAUUCACCCAAAAGGUUAACAUUUUCUGAUGCUGGUUUGAGGUUGAUGUUGACCAAACAAUUUCCUGCUCGCACGCGAUUGAGGACGGCGUGUUGGCUCAUCAUUACUGAGCAAAAACAAAUGGAGGCUGAAAGUGGCGGGAAGUUUCCAACAACAUACACCCACCGUCCAAGUCUACCAGAGACAGAGAAGAAUGGAAAUGUACCUCGGAGUGACUCCAUCUGCAAAGAUGAGAGUGUUGAUUUGUCAAUCGAUAAAGAUGGAACAGAAGAUGUAAUCAGUGAAAGAAGCUUUCCAGAAAUAGAUUCUCCUUUCUGUGUACCAGAUGGUUUAAUGAACAUAAUCAAAUGGUUCGUCACACUACCUAUCUGUAUUCUACUGUUCUUCACUAUACCGGAUUGUAGGAGAAAACGUUUUGACCGUUGGUACAUGGCUACAUUCUUCGCUUCUGUCGGUUGGAUCGCAAUCUUUUCCUAUGUUAUGGUUUGGAUGGUGGCUUAUAUUGGACACACACUUCACAUUCCUGACACUAUAAUGGGUAUUACCUUCUUAGCGGCUGGCACUAGUGUUCCCGAUGCCAUCGCCAGCUUACUGGUUGCCAGAGAAGGUUUGGGUGAUAUGGCAGUAUCUAACAGCAUCGGUAGUAAUGUUUUUGAUAUUCUUAUUGGUCUUGCCCUUCCCUGGUUUAUUAAGACAACAUUCGUCAGUUAUGGCACCAGAAUCAAGAUUAACAGCAAGGGUCUUCUAUAUUCGGUUCUUCUCUUAUUUGCAUCUGUAACUGCAACGAUAUUGGCGAUUCAUUUCAACAAAUGGAGGUUAGAUCGACGACUCGGUAUUCUACUGACUUUGUUUUAUGUGGUCUUCCUCUCAUUCUCAAUCAUGGUAGAAAUGAAUGUAUUCGGUUAUGUGAACCCACCGAUAUGCAAGAAUUAGCAGCAUCGUACACCAUCUUAUAUCUCAUUCAUCGAUGCCGAGAAACUUUGGUUGGCAACCAGUUGCAAUAUAUUUGAAGUUUGUUUCAAAGAUUUCAUUGUGAAGGAAAUCACAGUGGAAAAAAAAGAGGACAUGCCAAAAAGUUACUUCAUCAACUCAUCAUAAUGAAAGGAAGUACACUUUAAUCUGAUAAUGAUGAAUUAUGGAUAGUUCAUUUGGGAAUGCUGAGGAUGUUUUUUCGCUACUUUGUUGAAUGGAGUCAAGCAGGGUAGUCCGGAUGAAACCCCAAAACGGUGGAAUAAUUCAAGAUUUAUGAACAUCACAACCAGCAUUAUUCGCCAACGAUGCUACAAGUGUGCUCACCUAUCUGUGACGUCAAUGCUCAAACUCAAAAGAAUAAUUCAAUUUAUGUGUACUGGUACAUAGAUAAAGAUAUGACUUAAUACCGUAAUAAUAUUCGUUUGCUAAAGGGAUGCAAUUUUUAUAAGUCUUCAUAUUCGAUUAUACAGAUAACUGUCCAGCGUUAAAUUCUUUAAAAUCUCCAAGGUACAAUGAGCAACCAUUUUUUUUCUCAAUCUGUUAAAACGAAAUUGAAAAACGGAUUAUGGCAAACAUGCCUAAUAGUUUUUUGUUUCGCCUGCAUAGCAGAGCAAGACUAUAGGCGCUGCUUUGGCGGCGGCGACGUCGUCGACAUUGAAAUCUUAACCAAGGUUAUGUUUUGGAAAUGUCAUCAGAACUUAGAAAGUAUAGAAUAUUAGUUCAUGAAACUUGGAAUUAAGAGUAACCAAGUAUUACUGAACAUCUUGUCUGAGUUUCAGGGCACAUGACCCAGGUCAAAGGUCAUUUAGGGUCAAUUAACUUAGACCGCGUUGGGGGAAUAAGUUUUUGAAAUAUCGUCAUAACUUAUCAAGUAUAUGGACCUAGUUCAUUUAAUCUUAGACAUAAGGUAAUGGUGCUUCACUGAAGAUCCUGCCUGAUUUUCAGGUCAAAUGACCAAGGUCAAAAGUCACUUAGGGUCUACGAACAACUUUGGAUAUAUUAGGAUAUUUGUGGAAUUGUCAUCAUAACUUUGAAAUUGUAUGGAUCUAGUUCAUGACACUUCAGUGGACAUAAGAGCAAUUAAGUAUCCCAGAAAAUCCUAUGCGAAUUACAGGACACGUGACCAAGGUCAAAGGUUAUUUCAGGUCAACAGGCUUUUGUAACGUUAGGGGUAUUUGUGGAAUUGUCAUAACUUUAAAAGUUUAUGGAUCUAGUUCAUGAAACCUUGACAUAAGAGCAACCAUGUAUCCCUAAAUAUCAUGUGCGCGUUUGAGAUCACGUGACCAACAUCAAAUGUCAUUUAAGGUCAAUAACUUUGUACCUGUUGUUGAAUUGGCAUCGUAACUUAAAAAGUUUUUUAAUCUAGUUCAUGAAACGUAGAUAUAAGGUUAAUCAAGUAUGAAUCAUUGUUUUGCACACGUCUUAGGUCAUAUGAUCGUGGUCAAAGGUCAUUUCGGGUCAAUGGACGUAGUAUUUUAUUAUCAUAUGAAGGUUUUCAUUUGUGAAUAAUUAUUCAAUAAUUGUUUUCAAAGUCAGCACUUGUGCUAUAUCGAAUCGCGUAAUGCGGGCGAGACUGCCAGAGACGUUCCACUUGUUUUUAAUAAGAGGAAGAUAAACGAUAAUCUGAAGCACGAAACUUGAUGAAAGGUUUAUUGAAUAAAAUUGUUUGACUCAGAAGGAUGAAAAUAAAUGGAACAUUUAUCUUGUUUUGUUGACACAACAAUUAGUAUUCAUAAAAUUAAAAUGGUUUUGAAAUGAUAUAGCUGAUGUGACACUCGUGUUUGUUAGAAUCAACUUGGAGGUUUAAAUUUGCAUUAAACUCGAUAAUACUUGACCAUGGCAGAUUUUUUAUCGUUUAGUAGAUCGAGUGAUUGAUAAAGUAUUGUUUGUCAUUCAACAUUCUGUUGCAAUAAUAUAAUAUUAGUGUAGUUAAUGAUUUUAGAGUAUUGUAGGUUGAAGGAUUUCUGGCAAUACACGUUUAGUAAUGUAAAGUACGAAAAGUGCACUUGUAAGAAGUUAUUUUUAAUUCGGUGAUUACAUGUGCCUAUUGCAUGAUCGAUCACGUGGAUUUAAAUGAUUAGGCUUUUAGUUAAAUUUGUAUUACCGAAUAUCUUAAUUCAUAAAUGUAGGUUUGAUAUUUUCCCCUUGUGCAAUCGUGCAAUGAACUAUAGUAUUGGUGAUGGGACGACAUGGAAUGUUUUUGAUAUGCCAAAAUAAUGCCACCAUGUGUGAAAUAAUGUCUCGAUAGCCAUUACGAUGAGAAAGGCGAGUCUCUUUGGUUUAUAUAAAGAGAUUUGAUAUCAGUUUUCUUUGUAUUCGACGAGUCCCAUGUCCUAAUAAGUUUGUUGUGAUAGUUUAUUCACUUACGACGUAAAUCUAUGCAUUGAAGAGAAUAAGAAUGUUUAUUUCAGUAAAAGAGAUAUUUGAUUUGAUACUAAAUUUUAUUAGGAUAAUGAGAGAUGCAAUGUUGUGUAACUAUUUAUCAAGAUAUUUAAUAUUUUGUGAAGUGUUUUGUAUAUAUGCACAUAAUUAAAGUGUAGUUGUAUAAAUGGAUGAAGUUGAUAUUUAUGAUAACAUUUAUUUAAAUUGGUCUAUUCGUAACGGCACAAAGACAUGUACAUUCUAAUUAAUUAUGCCUCGAUGGCAAUGUUAUUUGUAAUGUUAAAGCAUUAUCAAAGCAACUCCCAGAUAUUUGGAAAGGCAUAUUUUUAAAUCCACUUUAUUUUUCCAUUGAACCACAUGAUGUAUCUUGCCAAUAGAUGAAGAAUAUAAAAAUGAGUAUGAUAAUUAAUAAAUCUGUAUAGUCUAAUAUACUUUCCAGAUACUUUUAUUCCUUGAGAAUGCAAGGCAUUUCAAUCAAGGGAAUUGUAUUGCACAUAUAAGCACGAGGGGUAAGUCGGGUAAUACCGAACAACAUUCUAUUUGGGCCAAUAAGUCAAGUUUAGUAAAUGUAACCAUACCAUACAAAGUUUAUGCAAUGCUUGAGCUAGGAGUUUUCGUUGAUUCAAAUACUAUAGAUAAAAAAGAAAAUGAAACAUAAUGUCCGUUCGUGAUAACCCCCACACUUCGCUGGCAAUCCCGAACGAUCUUCAAUCCUAUUCUCCCACCAUUGAUGUGUUUUGCUUCUAAAAUCCCACCCAAAGAUUGAUCUACACGGUGUUCAUUUAGAUUGAAACACUGUCUCAAUUUAUGCAGCGUGGUAUUUCGAUAGGUGCCGGGCGGACCGAAACAAAGGUGACGUCACUUUAUCUCGAUUGAACUACAGGGGAAAUAAAGGUUAACUUUAAACACGUCUCACUUUUUUAAAUUCUUCUUUGAUUUACUUUCUCGCCCCCACUCUCUCUUCAUUUCCUUCUUUCUCUCAUCCUUUUAAAAAUAAGUUUCUCUUCUUUAAAAGUGUUGGGGCAGUCAUCCCCUAACCCCUGCAUGUAGCGCGACGCCCCUGUCACAAUACAAACACUUUUUUGUAAACACGAAUCAUUUUUAUUAUCUGGAACAAAAAUAUGCCCUAACAAAGACUAAUUCAUGAAUUACUUUAGUGAAAGUAAAAUUUACACAAGAAACAUAAUUGGGGUAGUCCCGGACGGUCGUUAGAAAUUCCCCUCACCGUUAAGUAUUAUUAUUUUUCUUUCUUUGUCCUCAUGGAGCAUCUUCGUUGACUUCAAAGAUAUACACCUGCAACCUGCAAAAGUAAGCUCUACACAAGAUUUUUAAAGGGAGCCCACCGUAAUUCAUCUAAGCAUUGUUAAAAAAAUUAAUCAUACUACGAAUAUUCACAUGAACCUUCUCAAAAUUUCUCUUUAUGUUGGUCAAUCAAAUGACAACAAUGAAUUCCAAUGUGUCACGUCUAUAGGGUCAGUGGGACAACAGCUUUCAUUAUUGGAUAUCAUUAGAGCGCCAUGAUUCGUCAGUUGAACAGGGGCCGUUCCACAAAGCUUUUCGUAAGUUAAGAGCGACUUUAAGAACGACUGGUGAACCUUUCUUACGCGCUAAUCAAUCACCAAUGAACAUUUAAUGGUUCAUUUACUACAAGGAAGGAUCACCAGUCGUUCUUAAAGUUUCUCUUAACCUACGAACAGCUUUAUGAAACACCCACCAGGACAAGCGUGUUGGGGGUUACUCCUCGUUCAGCAAUACCCGUCUCACUCCUUUUAUCCGGUUAUAACAUUGAGCAAAUGCAGUACAUGUUUAUUGUAUUAUUUCAGUCGUGCAUUGGCAACAUUAGAUUUUGUUAUCAUGAAUGAAAGGUCAUAUUCUCAAUCAACAGUAAUUUGUUUGUAAAAGUAUCAAUGGAGCUGUGCGUUCCAAGACGCAAUGCAUUAAUUUCUCGACAGUUGUGGAAUUAGCACUUCCCAAACACAGUGACCACAUUUGUAAUGUUUUGUGUAGUCUUCCUGAAACUUAGUUUAAAGCAAAGUUUGUCGUUUAUUUAUAUUUUUUCCGUUCAAAAUAUCGCUAGAAAAAAUAUACAAAGUAUAUCUUAUGGUAUAUUAUGAUAGAUCAGGGAAUUUAUACUGAAUUGUAAAAUGUACAAAUUGUGACAUCAGAAUCUUUGCAUAUAUGGGUGUGAAAUAUUGUAUAUCGUAUUCUGACUUCUUCUUUUUUUUUUUUUUUUUUUAAAUAUGCUUAGUAACAUGUUUGACAAAACUAUUGUCCCCGCGAAAUUAUAUUGUUUCAACAUGCUACACUCUAAAAACACUGAGCAAAAAUUUACCCAAUAUUGGGUAGAAAGGGAACAUGUAUGUUUGCUGGGUAUUUUUCAUCCCAUGCAUAUUGGGCUAUUUCAACGCAACAUUGCAACCAACAUGCAUGGUCCCAUUUUCCUUAAUAAUGGGUAAACCUUUAUUUUUUAGAGUGUAUCCUACAGUAACAUUUUGUACUUGUGGCGAUACAUAAUCUCCUUCAAAGAAUUAUGUUCAUUUUCGUUGUGAAAUCAAUCUAAAAGGAAAUCUUUUAGGAUUUUUUUCAUAAAGAGAUAUUUCAGUUUUGGUGAAAAAUAUUAAAUUGUUUCUCAAACUUUUUUUUUUUUUAAUUUUUGACAUAUUAGGUAUGUAAUUGAAUUUAUCACAAUUUUUAUACUCACACCAAUUCGGAUCAAUUUCAGAAAAUCAUUUUCAUGCUCUUGAUGAUUAUAAUACAGUCCUGCUUAGUUUGUUAUAUCCCCAUGGGACCUAGAUAUGAGUUCUGAGUGAAAAAUUAAUUUACAGUACAACUGAUUCCUCUCCAGAAUCAACAGACUCGAGUUUGUAUGAAGUAAAAAGAAACCAUUUGAUUACGAUUUAAGUUUAUUAUUAAAAACACAACAUUAUGCCUAAUUCGACCAAUUUCUUGUUUUUAUUACAAAAAUGUUUUGCAAUUAAUUGAGCAUAAGUGUAAUAAAAUUGGGAAAAUGUAUUGGAAUGAA